GCGGUUCUUACAGGAAAAUGGUACGUCAUCACUAGAGCUGUAAACAAGAGAGGUGCAUGUGCAAGCGCAAUGGGCCGAAAGUAAGACAAAAGUGAGAAUGAUGGGGAAUAAUGGAAAGAGGAACUGAGAUCGUCAAAAGCGUUGUGUCACGAGGUUCUUUUUGAUAUUUGGGCACACACACCAGCUGAAGGUACUGUACAUUUAGAUUUGCUGCUAGUAAAGACAUUUAGAUAUUUUGUAGUAGUUUACUACUUGGACUGUUACAACUGAACAUACAGACACUUUCACAACUAAAUAAACCACAAGGAAUCUUUAUGUUGUAUUUUGAUUUUACAAUCGCAGUAAAUUUUUAAGCAUUCACAAGAUGAGGGACAUUGUUACAUUUUAUGUAACCUAUCUCCUGUGCCUGUUGCUGGGGAUUACUUGUGUUGUGUUGGUAUCUCACUGGAAUUAUAGCUAUCGAGGGGGAUUUGCAUGGGAUGGCUCAACCAAGCACUUCAACUGGCAUCCAGUCCUCAUGGUCACUGGCAUGGUGGUUCUGUAUGGGAAUGCGGCUGUAGUGUACCGUGUUCCACUGACCUGGGGUCAGAAUAAGCUCCCAUGGAAGCUAUUACAUGCUGGGCUUCUGCUCCUUUCUCUCAUUAUGUCUGUUAUCGGGCUUUGUGCAGUGUUCGAUUACCACAACACAAAUCACAUCAACAACCUCUAUUCCCUUCACAGCUGGAUAGGGAUUUGUACCGCAGCACUCUUCACUGCACAGUGGGUUAUGGGUUUUACUGCAUUUCUUCUACCCUGCACCCCGAUGGGUGUACGUUCACUUGUAAAGCCAGGUCACGUUUGGAUGGGAGCAAUUAUUUUGGUUCUCAGCAUUGUGUCCUGCAUCUCAGGGAUCAAUGAGAAACUCUUUUUUGCACUCAAAGCAAACACCAAUGGGACACUACCUUAUUCCAUGUUGCCACCAGAGGCCGUCCUUGCAAAUUCUUUGGGAGUCAUCCUUGUAGCAUUUGGAUUGGUUGUUUUGAAAAUUUUAUCCAAUCAGAUAUGGCAACGUCCUGAGCCAGUCUAUGAUGAAGGAGUUUACAGGCCACUGGCAUAUGAUGGAAGCUGAUGUACGCAUUGCAAUGUGAAUGUCUACAAUUUAAUAUGUAUUUGUAUUUUGAAAAUAAACACUCUUCACUAGAGCCAAAGUCCCUAAAUACAACCGUUGGUCUUUUAAUUUCUAGAUAAACAUAGCAAUACCUGAUCAGAACUUACAAAUAUGUUUUAUUUUGUU